GUCGAGCGCGACGGAAGAAGUCCAACUGCGUGAUCUAAGAUGUUGCCACUGUGUUUGGUGUUAAUUGGCCUGUUGCAUCCAUUCGUUCACGUGGUUUCUGCUCAAGGUCAGUCAUGCACCACUCCGAACAACGCUCCAGGAGUUUGUCUUGGCAUCCGAGGUUGCCCACCUUUGUUGGACAUGCUGCAACGAGAAGGCGCCGCAGCCGGCAAUUAUCUGAGAGCAUCACUUUGCUUCAACCAGCCUAGGAACCCGAUCGUGUGCUGUCCUCUGAACAACACGGAACCACCCAGGGAUGGGAAGGUGGUGCAGGACAACACGUACGGCCCCUUGUAUCCACCGCAGUGCGGCUACAGCAAUGCCAGCCACACCAGGGUGGUCGGUGGUAUCCCAGCCCAACUUGGUGCUUGGCCAUGGAUCACCGCUUUAGGGUACCGCAGCAACCUGCAUCCCGAGACUCCCUCAUGGCUCUGCGGGGGAUCCUUGAUAUCCGCCAGACAUGUCCUCACCGCUGCUCAUUGCGCAGUUCGUUCAGACCUGUAUGUGGUUCGUAUUGGCGAUUUGAAUUUAAGACGGGACGACGAUGGAGCUCAUCCAGUUGAGGUCGAGAUCGAGCGGAAGAUCAUACAUCCUGGAUACAGCACCUCAGCAUUCGUGAACGAUAUAGCUGUCCUUAGACUCGCGCAAGAUGUGCAAUUCACCGAUCAGGUGUACCCGAUUUGUCUACCGGUGGAGGAACCGCUACGAAGUAACAAUUUUUAUCGGAAAUAUCCUUUCGUUGCUGGUUGGGGUUCAAUCGGAACCAAGGGUCCGUCCAGUAGCGAAUUGUUGGAAGUGCAGCUGCCUGUAGUGAGCAAUGAUGAUUGUGCACAGGCUUACGCGAGGUUCAACGGUACGGUUAUUGAUAGUCGUGUGCUGUGCGCUGGAUUCAAACAAGGCGGAAAAGAUGCUUGCCAGGGCGAUAGCGGAGGACCACUGAUGUUACCCAAGACAUUUACCUACUACCAAAUUGGAGUAGUGUCCUACGGCUACAAAUGUGCCGAGCCUGGUUAUCCUGGUGUUUACACCAGAGUCACUGAAUUCCUCGACUUUAUUAUCUCAUCGUUGCAAUGAUCCACGAAAAUCCUUCACGGAAGAUCAGAUUUGUUGCCUUGAAUCUCUCGAAUAAGGAACAUGUCUAUUCUCGAGUGUUUUGUACAUCACCGGACAUAGUUAUAAGGUGCACGAACUUGUUACUAAUUCAUGUGAACGCUUCACUCCUAGAGCUCAGAUAAAAUACUGUUAUAUACUGUGGUAUAAUUAUCGUCGUCAGUUUAGUAAAAUGUUCAUUGUCGCAAUGUAGUUACACUUUUGUAUUAAAAUUAAUAUUCU